AUGACGGGUUGUUCAAAAUUAAAGGAAUGCUGCAACAACUCAUUAGGUCCAGUGGAAAAGUGGAAGAAAAGGUGCACCAGAUGCAAGAAAGUCACACCAGAUGCACGAAAAGUACCAAUUGAGGUAUAUGAGUCAAUUGAGCUAACAGAAGUAAGAGUGCAACAAGCCCAAGAGGAACUAAAGAAAGAAAAAGAGGUUGCAAAGGAGACUAAGAAAGUGCAAGAGAAGGAACUAGAAAAAGUGCCUGAGCAGGAUCUAACUCAAGCCACAGGAAAGAAGCAACCUCUAGCACCCUUCCCACAGAGGUUGGCCCAACAUCAGAAUGAUGAGCAAUAUAAGAAAAUCAUGGAGAUGUUAAAGCAGAUUCAGGUGAACAUCCCAUUGAUUGAUGCAUUGAGGGAGAUGCCCAGUUAUGUAAAAAUGAUGAAGGACUUGAUGUCUCGCAAGUUCUACUUUCAAGACGUGGCAACUGUUUCACUGACUCAAACCUAUAGUAUUGUCGUAACAAGACCCAUAGUCGAGAAGCUAUCCGACCCAGGGAGUUUCACAAUUUUAUGCACCAUAGGUAGCUAUGGUUUUGCUAAAGUAUUGUGUGAUUUAGGGGCGAGCAUAAACUUGAUGCACUUGUCUAUCUAUAAAAGGUUAGGCAUUAGAAGAGCAAGGCCCACAUACAUAUUACUACAGCUAGGCGACCGAACAGUGAAGAGGCCAUCAGGUAUUCUUGAUGAUGUAUCCAUUAGGUCUCCCCCAUUUAACUAUAACGACUCGACCGGUUGUUUUGAGCAUUUGCACUCCACUCAGUAG